GUGAAAGUGUACCUCCCGCGCAUGAAGAUGGAGGAAAAAUAUAACCUCACAUCUGUCUUAAUGGCCUUGGGUAUGACUGACCUGUUCAGCCCUUCGGCCAAUCUGUCUGGCAUCUCUUCAGCAGAGAGCCUGAAGAUAUCUGAGGCCAUCCAUGAGGCGUACAUGGAAGUCAACGAAGAGGGCACUGAGAUGGCUGACUCAGCGAGUGUGAUGGGAGACAUCAAAGAUUCCUCUGAGUUUGAAGA